UAUUGGUUGGUUAUUUUUCCUGGAUAACCUGCGUACGAAGAAAGGUUAUGUUUUUUAAGUUGUGAAAAAGUAAAUCAGGGGAACGUGUUAACGUUGGUAAUCAUUGAGGUCCCUGAAUUUCCAUACCAACAGAUUGCUUUUUCAAUUGUGUUCCAGAUAGCUUUAAAAAAAGCAACGUCGUCGAAAUCAGCCAUAUAAUGCUCAAAACCUAACCUAAAAUCCCAAAAACAUGGGUUCGCCAAUAAUAAUAAUCGAUGACGAUUUUACAAUCGACGUUGAAGAUGAAGACGAAGACGACUUGGAAAUCGUUUACGAAAAACAUAUUAAUCUGGAAACUGAACCAGAAUGGCAUUUCGAAGACGAUACAAACUACCACCUCAGUUGCGACAUUCACAUUAAAGAGGAGAUAGAUUUUGAAGAUAAUUACAUAGGAGAGGGCGUGUUUAUGGAUUUGGACAAACUAAAGACUGAACUUGGGUUAGAUUUUGAGGAGAAUUUAGUCAACAUAGAAGCAGAGGAACAAAAAACGAAAGACGAUAGCGUAGAGGAAGUAAAAAUGGAAGCUAUUAAUAUAGAGGAAGAGAAAAUGAAACUUUGCAGUAUAGAUAGUAUAGAAGAAGAAAAAACAAAAGAUAAUAGUAUAGAGCAAGAAACGACUGUUAUAGAGGAAAAGAAAACGAAAUUUCGCAGUAUAGAUAGUAUAGAAGAAGAAAACACAAAAGACAAUAGUAUAAAGCAAGAAACGAUUAUUCACACAGUAAAUAGUAUAGAACAAGUAAAAACAGAACACGAUAGUACAGAGAAAGAAGCACCAAAGGAAGAUGUGAAAGUGAAAGUCGAAACAAAAUACACCAUAGAAGAGAAAGAAAAUAAAUUUAACAUAAAAAAAGAAGACACUGAAAUAAAAACAGAGGAUAAACAAGAAAAACCAAAAAAAUAUACCGUAAAGAGCAAUAUUGUGAAAGAUGAGAAACCAACUACAGUAAAAAAAGAAAAAUCAACACAUAAAAAACCCCCAAAGCCUUUUCGCCCUAAACACAGUACGCAUGCAGCUAAACCACAGAACAACCACUCGACCCAAAAACAACAACAAAAACCCCAUCGCAAUAAAAACCGUAGAGAACCUCUAGACAGGAGGAAACCCCACAAAUAUAAGAACAAAUCACGAAACGACCCCCCGAAAACCUCGAUGUGGAAUCGACGUCGUCGUCUGGGUUCUAAAUCUUUCUACGAAAUGGAAAGCGAAACAAGACCACAAGGGUUUUGGAACGGUCCCUCCAUGGACAACCAAAACGCUUGCUCUGAUUGGCAGACGUACUCCGCCAUUUUGGGCGCUUUAAAUCAGGCGCUUGAGCAACAGAUGGCGCAGAAUGCGCAAGUCGAGCGGUCAUUGGUUCCCUACGUUCCACGGAGUCGGAGAAGGAGAAAGAAGCAGAAGUGGAUGGAAAGGUGGCAAAAUAGGCCCAAUGUGUGGGCCAGUGGUUGCGGGAAUGGGGGGAAUUCGUCGUUUUUGGGGCCCCAGAGUCAGUUCCAGGGGUACAGUUAUACAAAUAUUUUGCAAGCUGUUAGUCAGUUGAGUGGUGGGGGGGUCGUGCAAAGUAAUCAGGUUACUUGUAUCAAUAACGUUACGUUUCAGUCGUUCAUGGAUAGGAUUUAACUUGAUACUUUUUUUUUUUUAUUUAUGGUAACUCAUUUUAAGUUUAGCUUGUCACUUGACAUCACUUUAUACCAAUAUUUGUAUAUAUAGGUUUGUUUUUUUAGUUUGAUCAGUCUCAGUCUAGUUAGUUUUGGAUUUUUAUUUCUUUGAAAGAUGUGAAACUGUUCCCAAAUAAAGUCAGACGUUAAAUUUUG